GCAUACUCUUACUGCAAGCUAACAUAUGCAAACAUAACAACACUAUCUUAUGACAAACGAUUUCUAAGUUUGAAUCAUAUAAUUGAUGAAGGCCUCUGUACCAAAAGUAAAAAUAAAUUAAAAUUGGGCUUAUUUUGUAAUUCUACUUAUUGAUUUCCUAAUUGAGAAUUAGUAAAAGGGCAAAAUCGUCCAUACAAAUGUUCCCACCCUUCCUUAAAAGCCACUAAUUCCCCUAUCAACUUUCUCCACUGUCACUCCGCACAGCUUUUAGGUCAUUCAAAUCCUCCACGAUGGCCACGCGCCACCUCCUCAAGCUCACGCGCCGCCGAACCAAAACCACCAUCCUCCCACCAUGCCUCACCGUCUCUCUCCGAUCCUCCAUCGCCGUCGCCACCCCCUCUCCCACCCCUACACCACCCCCAUCCCCACCACCCCCGGACUCCAUGAUCUACGAUCGCUUAGCUGAACAAGUGAAAUCCAAACUCAGCCGUAUUCAAGACCCGGACCCGAAGUUCCUCCAGUACAAUUCCCCGCAUCCGAGCGUAACCAUUGACACCCCAAUCCUCUCAGUACCAGAGACGAAAAUCACUACGCUCCCUAACGGACUCCGUAUCGCAACGGAGUCGAAUCUCGCAUCACAAACAGCAACAAUCGGGGUCUGGAUCGACGCCGGAUCGCGAUUUGAGAACGAAGAGAACAACGGAGUUGCGCAUUUCCUUGAACAUAUGAUAUUUAAAGGAACCGAGAAGCGUCCAAUUAGGGUUUUAGAAGAGGAAAUUGAGAAUAUGGGAGGGCAUUUGAAUGCGUAUACUUCGAGGGAACAGACUACGUAUUUCGCGAAAGUAUUGGGAGGUGAUGUAGGGAAUGCAGUUGAUAUUUUAGGGGAUAUUUUGCAGAAUUCGGUUUUGGAGGAGGAGAAGAUUGUAAGGGAACGUAGCGUGAUUCUUCGCGAAAUGGAAGAGGUGGAAAAACAGCCUGAGGAAGUCAUCUUUGACCAGUUACAUACUACUGCAUUCCAGUACACUCCAUUGGGUAGAACUAUUCUUGGACCUUCCCAGAACAUUGAGAAAAUGACGAGAGCUCAUAUUCAAGAUUACAUUUCAACCCACUAUGGUGCUCAUAGAAUGGUAAUUUCUGCUGCUGGAGCUGUGAAGCAUGAAGAUGUCGUUGAGCAAGUGAAGAAACAUUUUACGAAACUACCAUCUAAUCCUAUUACCACUUCCCAAUUGGUGGCUGAGGAGCCAGCAAUAUUUACAGGUUCAGAGAUACGUAUCAUUGACGAUGAUCUGCCUCUUGCUCAAUUCGCUGUUGCAUUUAGUGGAGCAUCAUGGACAGACCCAGAUUCCAUAGCUUUGAUGGUCAUGCAACAAAUGCUGGGAUCAUGGAACAAAUCUUCAGGAGGAGGAAAACACAUGGGUUCAGAGCUUGUCCAAAGGGUGGCCAUUAAUGAACUAGCUGAGAGUGUGAUGGCUUUUAACACCAACUAUAAAGAUACAGGGCUGUUUGGUGUCUAUGCUGAAGCCCAGCCUGAUUGCUUGAGUGAUUUAGCUUAUGUCAUCAUGAAUGGGAUAUGCAAGUUAAGUUACAGAGUGUCGGAAGCUGAUGUGAUUCGUGCACGUAAUCAGCUGAAAUCUUCUUUAGUGCUCCACAUUGAUGGAUCAGGCCCUACUGCUGAAGACAUUGGAAGACAGUUAAUCACAUAUGGCCGCAGAAUUCCAUAUGCUGAGUUAUUUGCCAGGAUUGACAGUGUCGAUGCUGGAACUAUCAAGCGAGUUGCAAAUCGUUUUAUUUUUGACAGGGAUAUUGCAAUAUCAGCCAGGGGACCAAUUCAAGAUUUGCCUGAUUAUAACUGGUUCAGACGCAGGACAUACUGGCUGCGCUACUAGAUUACUAGUUCUUUCCCGUUGGCUUAAAUUCAUCUUCUUUUCCAAGUCGUGAGCCUGACAUUGGGCAUUCUACCACACAUGGUCUACAGAACACUUUUGUCAAUAAAUUAAGUGGACAAAUUUUGGUGAUCACUUUCCUUUUUUUGUACAUGCUGUUAAUGUCAAGGAGAAAACAUCACUUGCUGUAGCAUUGGCUGUCAAAUCAGUCAGCAUAAAGUUGGGAUCUCUUUGUUAUGCAUUGUAUUAGGAGAAUUGCAUCGACGAUGUUCCCUGUAUUAGAAUUCUUUGCGUAAAGUAUACCAUUGGUUGUACUGGUGUGUGAUUUAUACA